AAAGAAGGCAGAGCCAUGACACAGUCAACUUACAGAAUGGCUGUGAGUCAAGGCUCCUGGGCUGGUUUCCUGGCUAUUCCACACACGCCAAGACCUAGAGAGCUGGAAGGGCCUCCACAGAUUAUUCGAUUUGAGAUUGAAGAACCUAGAAACCAAACAAGGAAAUCUCAUAUGGUUACUUGGGUAUCUGACACAGCCAUGACACCAAUUGCUAGUGCUAGACACAAUAGCUGUGUGUCUUUUUGCAGGAGCCUGGGGAGGGACCAUGGUGCCAAUGCACUUAUUGGGGAGGCUGGAAAAGCUGCUUCUCCUCCUGUGCUGCGCCUCCUUCCUACUGGGGCUGGCUUUGCUGUGCAUAAAGACGGACAUCACCCCUGUUGCUUAUUUCUUUCUCACUUUGGGUGGCUUCUUCUUGUUUGCCUAUCUCCUGGUCCGGUUUCUGGAAUGCGGGCUUCGGUCGCAGCUCCAAUCAAUGCAGACUGAGAGCCCAGGGCCCUCAGGCAAUGCACGGGACAAUGAAGCCUUUGAAGUGCCAGCCUAUGAAGAGGCCGUGGUGGGACUGGAAUCCCAGUGCCGCCCCCAAGAGUUGGACCAACCACCCCCCUACAGCACUGUUGUGAUACCCCCAGCACCUGAGGAUGAACAACCUAGCCAUCCAGAGGGGUCCAGGAGAGCCGGACUGGAACAGAGGCGAAUGGCCUCAGAGACUAUGGCCCAGGAAGGAAGCCCUGGAAGAGCUCCAAUCAGCCUUCGGCUUCGGGGACCACGGGCUGUGUCCACUGCUCCUGAUCUGCAGAGCUUGGGGACACUCCCCAGAUUAGAGCCUCUGACUCCACCCCCUGCCUAUGACGUCUGCUUUGGUCAACCUGAUGAUGAUAGUGUUUUUUGUGAAGACAACUGGGCACCCCCUUAAAUGACUCUCCCAAGAUUUCUCUUCUGUCCAUACCAGACCUCAUUCAUUUGACCAACAUUUUCCAGUGCGUACUAUGUCAGAAACAGUGUUUCUGGCUGAAUAUCAUAAAUGGGGACUUGGACCCUGAGGAAAGGCCACGGUAAGCCCUUCCCAGCUGAGAUGUGGGUGGCAUAAUUUGAGUUUUAUGGCAACAUUUGGUGACCUACCCCAUAUCCAAUAUUUCCAGCGUUAAAUUGAGGAUGAGGUAGGGAGGUGAUGCAGAGAAGGUGGAGAAGGAAGACGUAACCUCUGAGUGGCGGCUAUUGCUUCUGUUCCAGGUGCUGUUCGAGCUGUUAGAUCCCUUAGGCUUGCCAGCUUUGUGAGUUAUUAUUGAAAAAUGAGGAUUCCAAGAUUCAGAGGAGUUUGACAAUGUGCACGAGGGCACACUGCUAGUAAAUAACACUAACUCCUGAUCCCAAAGCCUAUUGUGUUUUCAACACAAGGUAAUAGGAAGCCAAGCCACAUGCAUGUCUCCCAAUCCCUAUCUAGGGACAGCUGCUGGUGCAGGGUGGAAGACUUCCUAUAAACAGAAUGGGGGACCAAUUGUGUCUACAGAGGGGGUGGGCUGAGCAUGGGCACGCAUGUCCCCAGCCUCCUGGACGAGCAAACUCAGUCAACGCUCUGGUGAUCCCUGCUCCGCAUGGGUAGCAGUGUCUGUGCCUCUCCUGCCCAGGUGCUAGAGAGCAGUCCCCAGUGCAGGGUCCCCAAUGUAUUUGAAAACAGUGGAGUCAGUGGCCCUAGGUGGAGGGUGGGUAUGAAGGCCAGAAAGAGUGAAACAUGUGAGCUUUUCUGGCCAGGAGAUUCCCUCUUGAAUCAUCCAUAUGAAGCCCUGGGGCCACUUGCGAAGAGUCUCUAAUAGCUUCUUCCUCACUCCUGCGCUCUGACCGCUAGACUUUCACCCCAGCCGCCGGUCCGGAUUCCUGAGAUCCCAAUAUUGAGCACCAGGUUUCCUGGAAUUGUGUGCUGCGGCUGUGAUGUAGGUUUCGGUCGCAGGAAGCUGCUAAACCAUAGCUGACGCCCCCUCCUAAGCCAGUCUUCCUUCCCCGCGCGGGUAUCUGCCCAGCACCUUGUCGCGCUCUCAGUCUCCUCCGCAGCCUGGCCCCAACCGUUCAACUUCAAUAAAGCAAAACUCCAGCCACA